AUGAUUAUGUAUAGUGAUAAUGCUGGGACCAUGUUCAAUAAACCGCACCCGGUAGCUUCUUUCAACUCCCCCAUGGGUCAAGUCGAAAAUGCAUUCAUACAGAGCUUGGGAUUUUCCGUUGCAGAGGCGAUGCAGCGACUUGUGACAGAUGAGGUACUGCACGAGGUUGAUGCACGACAUAUUCAUCGGCUGCUUGCAGAAAAAAACCCGACUGCACGAGACGUUGUGUUGAAACUGGAGCAAUCUGGCGGGUCGUCCUCGAGGCAGGCCGUUACUGACUUCCGAAAAAGUGUGAUCAGACUCUUCAAAGAGCAAUACUCGCACCAAAGUAAGAAGAAUAAGAAGAGUAACGGCCUAUCAGCACACAGGUGGUCCCUUAAUUCCAACGAAGUAGCUCAUGUUCUAGCUGCAGAUCAGGGUGAAAAUCCUCCUGCAAACAUCAAACCACCAGUGACUAUUACCGCAAUAAAAAAAAGCAACAAGAAUAAUUAUUCGCGUAAAACACCCAACACUGGUGUGCCCGUGAUUGAAAAUGUCUGCCAUCAUCUGGCGCAACGUGUAGCUGAACUUCACGUUACUAAAAGUAGUCGACCAAAGGUUGUCUUGGUGGGCCGAGGAAAAUACAAUCCAAUUCACAAAAUGCAUCUGCGUCAUUUUGUCAUUGCGCGGCAAUUCUUGGAAGAGCGCACAAGAUUUUCUGUGCUUGGCGGCCUGUUGGUGCCAAAACAUGCCACAGAUGUAAGGCAAAGAUGUCGAACACGACCGCAAGAGAUAAUCACUCCGCGGCAUCGCCUUGCGAUGGUGCGGGCUGCUGUUGGUGGGUCUCCCUGGCUCACAGUUGAUAGCUGGGAGAUUACCCGGCGCAGAGUCUUAGACUAUUUAAGUACACUUGAUCACAUUCGUCAACUCUUUGAGCAACGCUUUCCGGAUCUUAUGGCACCAGUUCGCUUUGUCCUAUUAGUGGCGCCUGAUCAAUUAUUGCAGCUAAAUCUUGGCGAGCUUAAGGACGCGGGGCAUGAAUGCAUCACUAUUUGCCGUCCUCAAGAGCAUAAGCGCCUGCUGAGGCAAAUGGGGAACAGAUGGCGAAACGUCGCGCAUGUGGUCGAGGAUAACGCCUUGCUCUCUGUUGAGCUUGAGUCGUGUUGUUCUAGCAAGAUACGCCAUGCCCUUAUGUCUGGUGACUUCGAUGCAAUAGCUACAAAUGUCCCUGGAGCUACGCUUGAUUACAUUAAAUGUCACCGCCUUGCCCAAAAAAUGUCGGGGAUCCAGGACUGGACCAGAUGGGAUAAAGAUUUUGCGGAUGGUGAGGUGCGUUUCGAGGGUAAAUAUAUACCUUAGAUUAGGACAUUAUGCAGGGCGAAGAAGAUCGCGGCUAUCGGCGAAACCCAAAAAAAAUUGUCAAAGAGAGUACCUCCUUCAUGAAAAGCUGACAUAUCAAUCCAGAAUUUGGCGCCGCUUGCUAUAGCCCUUGACUCACUCGAAGUCUAUGAAAAAGAGCAGGUGGAACCGCGUGAACUCUGGAGCCAAGUGAAGAGUAAGGGGCAUUUCCCCGUUUUUAGCUUCAACCCAGAAAUUUCCCACGAAGAAAACAAAGGUACUAAGGUGAGGUGAGGCCGCCCCUGGCCAGCGCAUAUAAGUGGAUGAGGAUCUCGAAGCUACUCCUUCCGCUGUUUAUGUUUCUGAAGACCUCUAGGCGUGACUUUUCGUCAAUUCAGGCCAUCGAUCGGCACUCCCCAUUUCCUCAUUCCCCACGAGUCAUUUGGCCUGAGUCGCAACAAACAGCUGCCCUUGACCUCCGAGGACAAAAAAGUAUUUCUUUUCUCGGGCGACGCGGGCUUAUUACAGCCUGAGCCUCUGAGUUCCCCAAAAUGCGCCACUGGCAUGGUUACUUCAUUUCACAGGGGACCUGGGACUCGGAUGAUUCGGCUACUUCCCGAUUCCCCGCUUCUUUCGUAACCCUUCCACGCCGGGCCGGGGCCUACUAGCUUGUACUUGAACCACG